AUGGCUGAUCAGGAGAACCACGACGACGCUAUCCAGCAGAUCGAUGUUCAGAACAAGAGGUUGCUACAUGCAGCUCGAACGGAUGACCUCGAGCUUCUUCAAGAGAUCGUCUCCUCUGGCGCCUUUGAUGCCAAUCAUAGUGACGGAGUAGGCCGCAAUGCACUUCACUACGCCGCCUCCUCGCAGUCCACACAGGUCCUUCCAGAGAUUCUGAACCUGGAGAUCGACGUCGACCACCAAGAUCGAACCAACGCAGACACUCCUUUGCACGCGGCUGUUAAUGUCGAAAUCCCAGAUGGUGAAGCAGGGAAGGAAGUCGAGGAGAUCAGGAACUGGAUUGUUAACGAGCUUUUGGAAGCAGGAGCCGACCCAACCAUCCCAAACAAGGACGGUGACUUGCCAGCAGACUUGCUCUCGUACGGCACCAAGUCUCGCUCGCAGCUCGGACAGGAUCUUUUGGCGAGAUUGAAGCGAGGACAGGCCGAGAUAAACAUCAAUGCAAGCGACAUCGCCAAUGAUGAUGAUGUGGCUGACGAUGGUGAAGGAAGCGAAGGUACACCAUCAGAAGAGUAA